CCAAACGGCUUCCAUCUCACCAAAUCACACAGUAGCCGUUGACGGCUCUUUAGAUGAAGGACCGAUCGAGUCCGAUAUUACAUUUGUCUUUCUCCCAUUUCAUUUAUUUUUGGAAAAAAAGAAAAGGAGUGCAAGCCUCACCAUACUCAAUGAGCGGACAGCGCAAUGUCAGAGCGCUCUGGGCAAACUGCAAAGGGGAAGGAAGGCAAAACCAAGUAUGCGUCUCUCAACCUGUUUGAUACAUACAAAGGAAAGAGCCUUGAAACACAAAAGCCUGUUGUUCCCCCCCGCCAUGGCCUGCAGUCUCUUGGUAAAGUUGCCUCCGCACGGCGUAUGCCACCCCCUGCCAACCUGCCCAGUCUGAAGGCAGAGAACAAAGGCAACGAUCCCAACGUCACGCUCGUUCCCAAAGACGGCACAGGAUGGGCAAGCAAACAGGACCAAGCAGACCCAAAGAGUACCGAUGCAUUGUCAGCACCGCAGCCGGAAUCGCAGCAGCCUGUGGCUACACCGACACCUGCACCGACCCGCCCGAAAACCCCUCCAGCUCCAGAGGUUCUGGUUGCAGCUUCAACCCAGGCCGUAGGGGCAAGGUCCUGGGCACAGGCCAGUGUUACACAUGGAACACAAGGGGAUGGUGGAAAGGGAUUAAACCUACAGUCGCCAUUCUCUCGCGAGGAAUUUCCCACACUGCAGGCGGCUGGCGACCAGGACAAAGCUGGCAGAGAACAGGGCACUGCAGAUCAGUGGUAUGGGCCCGGACCAAGCCUCCGCCCCCAAAACGUUACAAGUUGGCGGGACGGUGGGAGCCGCGCCAUGGCGCCCACCCUGUCUGGGGAGGGGGGAGUGGAGGGCGGCGCUGCUGGGGCUCUGGGGAUGGACGGGGUUGCUGGGGUCCCCCCUCCAAAUUCUCAGUCCCAUGGGCCACCUAGAAACCCUCCAGCAGGCAGCCCUGCCUUGGCCCUGCAACAGCAACCUGGUGGCCCGGGGUUCCCCCAAUAUCGAGGGAUCAUUCCUCCCUUUAUGUAUCCUCCAUACCUGCCCUUCCCGGGCCCCUAUGGCCCUCAGGGGCCCUUCCGGUACCCGGCACCUGGGGAAGGGCCUCCAAGGUUCCGGCAGGGAGGUCCUGACCGUUCUCAGGGCGGCCCACGUGAUUCAGGUGUAGAAGUUGUGAAGCGACCACCUAUCCUAAAGCAGGAUGACCUGAAGGAGUUAGACGAGCUUGACCAUGAUGGCGAUGAGGGCUGGGCAGGGGCUCAUGAGGAGAUUGAUUACUCCGCCAAGUUGAAGUUCAGUGAUGAUGAAGGAGAUGAAGAGGGGGAAGAGGAAAGAACCGAGAGCAAUAAUGACUCGUGUGAGCAGCAGAGGUCCCAGGAUGCACCCCCUGCAGCCUCUCGCUCUCGAGCCUCGGACAGCGGUGGCGACACCCGCCGCACCCCUCCCUGUAAUGCUGACAAUGGACCCCAACCCUCCAGCAAGCCAGGACGGGCCGAGGAGGGAGGCAGCGGCUGGGGGGGCCAGGGACCACCAACCAACUACCAGGACCGGACCCAAAAUCAGGGUACCUCUCAAGGCCUGUCAAAACCUGUCCCGAGCCAGCUUCAGCCAGCACCAGGGGGCCCGUCUCCUCCUGCCCAACCAGGCCUUCUUGUCCCUGCACCCCAGGAGAAUGAUGAAGAUGAGACUUGGCGUCAGCGCAGGAAACAGUCCUCCACUGAGAUCUCCGCUGCUGUGGAGCGAGCUCGUCGCCGCCGCGAGGAGGAAGAACGCAGGAUGGAGGAAGAGAGGCGCGCAGCCUGUGCAGAGAAACUCAAGAGGCUGGAUGAGAAGCAGCAACAGCAGCAGGGCAGCAACGCAGGAGGUGGUGGCAGCAGCUGUAAAAGCCCAAGCCUGGAUGGAAACUCUGCAGCUGCCCCAGCAGGCAGCCUUAGUCCAUCUAUUUCAGCCUCCUCCCCCAACAUCAGCCAGCCCCCAUCCCCUUGUGUGGACCCUGAAGAAUCUCCACAGUUGGUUGUCCAGCCAGGGUCCAGUCCUGAAAUUGGGGACCGACAGCGAGCCAGCAGCAACAGCAGCAAUGACUCAAGUGCAGAAGCCCAACCGUGUCCCCAGCCUCCUGUGUCACAGCCACCACAGCCUACGCUGGAUGUACCUUUACCAGCAGAAAAUAAGGAAGAGACCAUGGGCACGCCGCACAUCCGUGCAGGAAGUGUAGGUGAAAGAGGUGUUGACCCAGUCAAGAUUGAGAACAUUGGAGGGGGAGCAGGACGUCAAGCUGGUGGUCCUCCCGGCCAGGGCUACUCAAAGUACCAGAAGUCUCUUCCACCUCGAUUUCAGAGGCAGCAACAGGAACAGCUCCUUAAGCAGCAGCAGCAGUGGCAGCAACAGCAGCAGCAACAACAACAACAACAACAACAACAACAGCAACAACAGCACAGCCAGGCCUCACAAAGCCAGCUGUCCCCCCAGCCUCCCCAGGGUCCUUCACCAGGCUCAACACCCCAGCCGGGGCCUGGACCAAAGCAGGGUGGACCCAUGUAUCAACCCAGCAAUAUGGUGCGACCCCCACAACUGCCAAUGAAUUUCGACCCUCGCUGGAUGAUGAUGCCAUACAUGGACCCUCGCAUGAUGCAAGGCCGCCCUCCGCCUAUGGACUACUAUUCAGCAGGCAUGCACCCAUCUGGACUUAUUGGCCGUGAGCGGUCUGAUUCGGGGGGAUCUGGUUCAGAUGCCUUUGACAGGCAGCAACAGCACCCGGGUCACCCACACCGUGGGACCCCCCCUAUGGAUCCUAAGAUGGCCUGGGGUCAGGAGGUAUUCCCUGGCGGAGCGGAGGGCCGCGGGUUAACAUCGCCCCAUAGGCAGAAGCAGGCUUUGGAGGAUGACGAUGUGGCCAAAGGGCCCAGGAGUGACACUCCUCCACACCGCAUGCGUGAGGGCGGAUUGGGACCCAUCCAGCAGCCCGGUUCCACCCCUGGCGCACCCAAUCAAACUCCGCCUCCAGUUGGAACUCAAAUUGGAGGUCAGGGUGGCGGCCACCCUCAUCACUACAUGAGUGGGCGAGGCAACUUUAGCAACUUCCCUGACCAGGGUGCAAGGAUGCAUCCCCACCAGCAGCAGCAGCAGCAGAGGGGCGAGAGGGGAAAUCAGCCGCAUAGCUACCCCCAUCAGGAUGAAGGGCCUCCACGAGGGUCUCAGCAGGGGCAGAUAUGGGGAGCCCCACACCCUCACUAUGAUCGCAAUGGUCGUGCUGAUCACCCCGCUGUUGAGAGCAACUCUCAUGUCCACCACCAUCACGGCCACCACCCCCAGCAGCCUCACUACUCUCUCCACCCCCACAAACCAGAGAACAGCCGAGACAGAGUGCUUGAGGCUCCUGCUAAGAAGACCGACUCUUCUGCCCCCAUCCACCAACCUUCACUCUCCUCCUCGUGCUCUUCCUCCUCCUCCUCUUCUGCCAGGGAAGAUGGCAAUGUAAAAGGUGCCCUGCAUCAUCACCCAUCCCAGAGAGAGAGUGAAGCUGUUGUUGUGCACACUCAUGGUGAAAGAGGCAACAGUGCUAACGGCAGCAGCCUUGUGAAACAGGAGAAGACGGGCCCAGCAAUCUCCCCUAGCCCACCUCCCUCUCAACAUGGCAGUCAUGCUCAGCCGCAGCAACACCACCCUCAUCCUAAAUCAAACCAAAGAGGGGGGCGGGAGCACAAGACUGAGACCCAGUGGGGCCCACGGCCUGGCAGCAGCAAUACAGGUGGGGGGUCCUCUCAUGGUAGAAGGGCCAAUGCAGGAGGUGGCAACAACUCUCGUGGAGGCGAGGACUCCUCCAACACUCCAUCCGACCACAAACCCUCCCACCAGACAGGAGGCAGCAAUCCAAAUAGGAGGGCCGGUCCCAUUAAGAAGCCAGUGCUUAAGGAGAUUAAGAGAGACGUAGGGGAAGCUGAUGGAGGAGAAAAAACAAGCUUUGGGAAAGAGAAAGAUGGUGGCCAACGUGCCUCCAUAAAGCAGGAAUCCUCCGCCUCGCAGAACCCAUCCGCUCCAUCGAAGGAUGAACCAGCCCAGACAGCCAAAGCCAGGAAUGCAGGAAAAGAACGAUCCUCAGGAGGAGGCGGGGUUGGGUCUGGGAGAGGGCCUAAAGAUGUAGACACCACUUUUUCAGGUCCCUCCUCCAGGAGGGACAGGGACCGCUCCUUUGAGAGAGGAGGGGGCCCCUCACACAAUCAUGGAGUUCCUGCCAAAGGCAGCCGUGCCAGUCGCGGACGAGGAGGAGAGUUCUAUGGGCGCGGCCGUGGUUACCGUGGCGCCUACACGGCUCCCGCCGGCCCCAUUGGUGCUAGUCGGGGCAGAAUGGGUGGAAGGAGUGGCAGAGACUACCGGCCAUCUGUUGGCGGUAGCCACCACCAUGAGUCCAAGGGCGAGGGGGCCUGUGUCAGGCACGGUCCGGAUCGGUCCCAGCAUAACCCAGCCAGGGCCAGGAACCGAAGUGAAACCCGCAGUGAGGGUUCAGAGUAUGAGGAAAUCCCUAAGAGAAGGAGGGAAAGAGGUUCAGAGACUGGCAGUGAGAGUGGUGCAAGUGACCAUGGUCCCUCAGACAAGGAAGACCCCCAGAAAAUCAUCACCAAGAAUGGUCCUGAGCAUGCCAACACCACUGGCAGCAGCAACAUUUCAUCCGCACCUUCUAGAGGUUCCCAGGCCCGCGUCUUCACUCCCAGGGGUGUACCCUCAAGGAGGGGCAGGGGUGGUGGCGGCGGCGGCGGCGCAGGAGGCGGUGGCGGAGGAGGAGGAAACAUCUAUAGAAGCGGUGGUAAUAUAGGAGGACAUUCUGGAGGGCACCGGGUUGGACCCAGCUCAGCCUCUCACGGAGGGUCCUCAAAGUCAUCGGCCUCAGCUAGAAAGCAGCAAGGCCCGCCACAGACCUCUGGGGCCAAGGACAGGGGAGGAAAUGGAGCCGAGAAGAAAGAAAAGAUAGCUGAUGCAAGUCAAACUCAAAGCCAGGCGUCCAAUCCCCCUCAGCCGCUCUUGCCUGCCGCAGCUCCCACCUCCUCAGCUUCCACUGAAAAUGGAGUUGUGAAUCAGCAAGCUUCAACCAACCCGGCCCCAAACUCCAGAGCGCCGAAUGCGCUCCCUCUUCCCAUUAACCGAGGGUUCCCCCCCAGCGGGUUUGAGCGACCAGCUCGACGUCGGCGUCACGGGCGUUCCCAGCAUCAGCAGGAUAAGCCCCCCCGCUUUCGGAGGCUGAAGGAGCGAGAGAAUGCUGCACGUAUCAACGGAGGAGUUGGGGUCAUCGGAGGAGGACGGCCCUCCUCUCCUACCCUCAAUUCAGUUCAGGACAGUAAUGGAGCCCCCGUCUCUGCUCCUGUGACAAGCAAUGCCCAAAAUGCUAACCACAACAAUACAUUAAUUGCCAACAAUAACAGUGGCGGCGGGCAUGUUAACAAUGCAAAUAGCCACCACCAUCACCACUACAACCAGGGCACCGCUGGACAGACCCAGCACCACCAGAGCCAUGGAGCGAAGUCCCCCGACUUCACCAACCAGAACUCGGACCAGGCCAACGAGGAGUGGGAGACCGCCUCUGAGAGCAGCGACUUCACAGAGUUCAGAGACCGGGAGGGGGGAGGUGGGGGAAAGCCCUAUCCCUCUCACCAUCCCCACCACCUAGGAAGGGGCGGUGGAGGUGUCGUCGACCGUGAUAUGGCAGGAAAGGAGCCCUUGGCUAAUAAAAGAAGCUUCUCUAGCCAGCGUCCUGGCAUGGAACGACAGAACCGAAGGGUCAACCCUGGAGGAGGUGGAGGAGGGGGAGGAAGAGGUCCCCGAGGGCCCCCCGGUGGCGGCUCCGGCGGGCCUGGCAAUGGUGGUGGCAACCGCGGGGAUCGGCGUGGCAACUGGCUCUCCCCGAAAAACCGGAAGUGAUGAAAUAUUUCAGAACUUUUCAGAUGAAUCCCACCCACAUUAAAAACCCUCACAUCGAAUCCCCUUUUGAUAAUUACUUCAUGGUUUAUCUGUUGGCAUCCCUAAUCUAUUAGUGCAUUGUACAGUAAAUGGAGAUGGUAUUCAAAUUCACCUCAACCCCCCCCGCUCCCCGACCCCGGUGAUGUCUCGCCCUCUGCACUCAGUCUACUAUCUACCGUCCGUUAUUGUACAUUUUUCCGUUUGUUCCCUCUCGCUUUCUGUUAAGUUUUCCUCCCUCCCUCAAUAAUUUCACCCCAGUUGGAUUUGACAAGCAUGCGGUUCUGCAAAUGAUGCACGUUGUUUGUCAGAGGACAUUCACACAAAGCUACACACACACACACACACACUUGCAUAUACAAGCACAAAUAUGACAUAUUUACAAACACAGAACACAUGCAGUCAUGUGGUUGCAUAAUGAUCACAUUUGAAUUGGCGGAAAUGUUUGGAUUGGACAAAUUUUUAUAUUUAUGUACCUGUGUAUAUUUCUACCACACUUUGGCCUUGGGUGGUAUUAGGUAGUGCAGUUCUGCAUUACUUCCCUCACAAAGGGAAAGUGCAGCAUCAUAUUUUAACGAGAACAAUGUACCAUAACAUGUUUUGUUUCUGUCUUCUUCCUCUGGCCUUGUGUCGGGUUGAGUUUCACCCUCUAGGAAAUGUUAGGGGUGUGUUUUUCCUUUUUUCUUUUCUAAAAAGCAGGUCAUUAAAAUACCUUUUUUAAAUCUAAAUUCCUUAAUUCCUCCUUUUACUGACUUUUUGGUUUCCCACAAGUGUUUCUCUGAUUACUGUGAUAGGACCCACUGACGUACUACUUAUCAGUGCUUCACAUGGAUGACCUGCUCAGACAUUUAAUUACAUAUUGGUUGGCCCUUCUUUCUUUUUUUCUUUUUUUUAGAAAAUAAAGGCUUUUUCUGCCUCAUCGUAGCAUCUUCCUUACCUGCAAGAGUUCUGCAUAACUCAAGUUUUCCCAAGUUUUAUUCUCUCAUGUGAGCUUUGUUUACCUAAUGAAGACUGUAUUGCUAGCUUAAUGGCUUCAUUUUAACAUCCAUUAUUUCAUCAGUGACUUCCAUUUUUAAAGGAACACUGUAGGGACUUUCCCUCUGAUGAAAUACCUAUGAAUCUUGUAAGACGGGAGGGAGAAAUGUUGAAUAAACAUGUAGGAUAUGAUAGAAUAAAGAAAAAAGGUUUGACUUUCAUAAAAAUUGUCUAUGCUUUCAAUAGGUAUUUGAAUAUGUUCUAAUAAGCACUCCUUGUAUAUCAAAAACCCACGGUUGGUGUUUCAAAUGUUUUUAUUUGGGUUCUUUUUUUUUUAGCGUGCGUGCAAGUUACAUGUGAUGCAACCGGACAGGUACUCUGUCUGGGCCCAGAGUACAGAGCCAGCCCGAGUAUUGUACCAUUUAUACUGCACCCCCUCUGUGCUCCUCUGGAGACUCUUCACACUCAUACCAAGAAAGAACUAUACUACAGAGAGCUCCUUUUCUGAGGCAGUAUUUAUUUGUAACCCCCCCCCCCCCCCCCCCCCUCCAAUGCGCAUGUUCUCCUAAUGGCUGUUUUAGGACAUGUUGGCAACCAGAAGCCCAAACUAAUUGAAUUCAGGUCAAUGAUGACGAGCUGUCACGUGAGUUUCCUUACAGUUCACUCGCGGGAAAUAAUGCCAACCUGGAGUGUUGAGAAGAUAUUGGGUUGAUGUUGGGAUAACACUUGUUUGUAUCGUACAUGAAAGACGUAAAAUGGCACACACAGACAUCCAAGGGGAACUUUAAAAAGAAAAGUGAUUUAUACACCUGCAUCAAUUCUUACACUGCUGUAAGUUGGGGUUUGUGUUUGUAUACUGAAAACAGUUUGAAAUCGUCUCUGGGAUGUUGUGAGUAGGGCAUUUGAUUUUGUGUAUGUGUGCGUGUGUGGCAUGUGUGCGUUUUUCUGCUGUUUGUGUAAUAACUCGGGGAAAGAGGGGUGGACCAGAGGGGUUAUCAUGAAUGGCAAGCACUUUCUGCCUUGUUUGCCCACACUUGAUUUAGCAAUUCUCAUUAUCAAGACAAUUCUACUGUUUCUUGAAUACAUUCACAUGUAUACAUCCAGCUGUGUGUAUAUGAUCAUCAUCAACCAAACGAAUAACAAGCAGCAGACAACCUCACCCGUUCCAUUUCUUUUGUUGUGUGUCAUUUAACCAUACAUUGUUCUGCAGGCAAAUGAAGCGGGACAUGUUUUGAUUAUCUCACUUCUCAGCGUGAACACGCACCCAUGGGUGCUGCUUGCCCUGCCUGGUUUAUACAUUGCUACACUUAACACUGGCUCAAAGAGUCCUCCAUCCCUCCUUAACUCUUAAUGUUGAAGUGCGCAUUAUUUUAAAAGAAAAACCAGUGUAUUCCAGGAAACAAUUAUUUCAAAGAUUGUACUGUGUUUUCAGCAUUACUAAGGUACCUGGAGUGGUUUAAACUUUUUUUUUUUUCCUAUUUGUGGUUUUAUUAAUGGAACCAUAAUAUACACAUGUGUAUGUAUAUUGGUAUGUAUUGUCUACCCCAACUUACAUUCCCACAAACAAAUGUUGCCAUGUUUAGUUCAAGGGAGCAAUGUACAAGCAGAGAAGUGUCUUAUUAUAAUAAAGUUAUACAGAGAAGGCAAAGUUAAAUAAACUACUUUUGAUUUAAUGGAAAA